UGUAUGCGUGCGUGCGGGUGUUCGUACGGGUACGCGCUCUAAUGUCAGCAGCGCCUAAGCUACCGCUCACACUACCGGCGGCGCUCCGCGCGUCUGGACGGACACCGGACUCUCGUGCGUGCUGCACUCCUUAACUUCGUGCCGUUUGAACUGCGUGCACAGUUUGCAUCAGCCAGCUGGGUGAGAAGCAGUUAUUUGUUUUUUUUUUAAUUUAUUUUUCCUCCUCUUGCCUGCGCUUCUUCAAGUGAACUUUCCAUGACGGACUUGCUUCGGCUCUGACUCCUCUACAGCCGGGUUUGGAUUUGCAUGCUGAUGCCAGAGAGCAGCGGGAUUGCAGUUUAAAAGAGGGAUGCAAAACGGGGAACAUUUGUCACUUUAAAGGAGUCGAGUGGCCAACCUGAGCGAAUUUGGAUUACCUGAUGACUCUUCAAAAGGUGCAUUUAGCCUUCGGUCCCACAGACCGAGAUCGCGGAUAACAAACGGACCCGUAAGUGCAGCGCAAAAAACAAAAAACGGGAUGUAAAAUUCGGGAAGACAUGAAAAAGAACUGAGUAAAGCGCGCUACCUUUAUGUUUCAGAGACGGCUAACUGCACGGAUGCCUUAAAAACGGAACAAAAGUUUCCAAAAAUUGUGCUACGCGGACGAUGGAUUUAAAGGGGAAAUCGUAAAUUGCCGGUACGUAUCAUCGGCGCAUCACCGAGGACUUUUUUUGCGAAAGCUCUCGGACGGAAUGGCUUCAGCAGGCGGACACUUGAAAGUAUCUGCUUCGAAAAAGAGGGCGCAGAAAACGGCCGUUGCUGUUCUGCUUGGACGGUUCUAGAGUGACGAGAGCUGAUUGCGGUGGUCGCACCAAUUCUCUUGGCUCUAGGAAAGGAAAAAUUGGCUACCUGUCUGCCCCAUACCUGUAGAGCUGCGUAUGACGAGGAGUAUCCAGCCUUUUGCCCCAUGCUGGUUCCGAAGACACGUGAGCGCUCCUCUGUUUCCUGACACCGGGUAUUCGACGGACUGUGCGAUUUAAUGGUCAUCAUUGACCACUCGACGAUUGUUGGAAAAUAAAACUUUUGCUGGGGUGGGGAAUUCCUCAAAGCGACCUGAAUCACUUCCCUUGCGCCGAUCUUGUGCGGGCCAUAAUGGUUCAGCUGGAGUUGUCUCUACUGGUUUUCAGCCUUAUGUCCUGGUUCUUCGUUUGUGCGGACGAUGCUGGCAAAGUGAUUUCUGACCGGUACGCCGUCUACUGGAACAGCACCAACCCCAGGUUCCUGCGAGGGGAGUACACGGUGGAUGUCAGCAUUAAUGACUACCUGGACAUUUACUGCCCGCACUAUGAAGAAGCCCUGCCUCCCGACAGAAUGGAGCACUACAUCCUUUUCAUGGUGAACUACGAUGGCUACAUGACCUGCGACCACCGAAUGAAGGGCUUCAAGCGCUGGGAGUGCAACCGGCCACAGAGCCCCAAUGGGCCCCUCAAGUUCUCGGAGAAGUUCCAGCUCUUCACGCCCUUCUCCCUGGGCUUCGAGUUCCGCCCAGGCCAUGAGUACUACUACAUCUCAUCGCCACAUCCCAGUAUUGUUGGGAAGCCAUGUCUGAAGCUGAAGGUCUACGUGAGACCCACAAACGACUCCGUCUACGAGUCCCCCGAGCCUUUCCUCACGGAUGACAACUUGGCCUCGUCACCCGCGUCCCCGGCGCUGUCGCUGCUCCUCUUCCUGCUCCUCCUGCUGCUGGCCACCUCAUAGCGUGGCCUCGGUGACCAGGGGACGCCUCCUCCGUGAACUGUCACCGCCCCAAUUGGAACGCGAUCCUGGUGUUCUCGAAUUUGAUUGGUUGUUUUUUUUUUGUUUUUUUUCUGAUUUUCUUUAAUGUCUUUUUUUUUUUUUUGUGGUGGACCAGACGCACAAAGCCUGAUCAGCAUUGAUGCGAGGCGCCCCCCACCCCCUCCAGGAGGGACUGAGUGACGGACUGAGUGGACGGGCGCCUCGACACAGCCGAGCCUUUCUUUCUUUUCUUUCCACUUGUAUUUUUCUGUGUGUGGCGAGCCCCACAGUGGAGGCGCCCUGGAGAGCCGGUGACGCUCGUCAGUUCUGCUCCUCCGCCGCCACCCUGCUCCGGUCGCACAGGACCACGACUCUGCCAAAGACCACUCGUCCACGUUGUUUACUUUGCGCGGCAGUCGGAGAGGCGGUGACGGAGCGGCGGGCCGCCGGCUAUUCUGGACUCCCAUCGGGAUGUGGGCACUCACGGCGGAGCUGGAGGGACACGACGUGGUGGACAAAAGCACACACAAGAGAUGGAGGUCACUGGACAAAAAGGCACCGAGAAGGAUCUGAAACUGACGGGAAAAAAUAGGAGCAAAAAAAUAAAAUUAAAAUAAAAAUACAACGGAAGUGACGACAAAAACGUCAGAUUGGCAAAAUUCAAAGCCGCAGAGAAAUGGACAUGUCUAGCAAAAAUGCGAAAGGGAAAAAUUCAAUACGGGAUGAAGAAACGCUGACCUCUCCGAAAAAUCAAUGAAACGGAAUACAAGAAAAAAACAAAGGGACACGAAAUGGAACUGAAAUGACAUCAGCGUUUUACCAAAGCGAUGAAAAUAAGCCACGAAUAGGAAAAAAA